AUGUCCAUGCCCAAUAGAAAUGCUGAACUUUUGACGCGACGAACAACUUUGGACGAAUACAUUGCCGCAACUCAUCAGCUCGUAGCCAACCACUUCGCCGUCGAGACCGACAAGGGGCUCACCUCGAAGGGCCCCAUCACAAACCCGUACAACAAGCUGUGUCCAAAGAACCUACGCCCAUGGCCCGACUUUCUCGAGCAGCAGCGACCCACUCUAGGGGCCCUCUACGGCACCUUCCCGCGAAUUGCCAAGCGACCGAUAUCUUGCGAAAAGACGCUCGAAUAUUUCCUGCACAAUACCGUCGAAGAUCCCGUGCGAGAGAUUUUCGAGAACCACCCCAAUGUGAUCAGCGAUGUUGCGGAGGAGAGGAAAAACCAGGGACGCAUCCGCCCCGACCAGAUAUGCGUAUACCGGUUUGACGACGAGCUCUCGACACGGCGUAUCAUGCUGUAUGUGUCUGAAUACAAGGCCCCGCACAAGCUGGCCGCUCCACACCUGCGUGUCGGUCUCCAUCCCAUGGAUAUCUUCAAAGACGUGGUCAAUCGGAAAACAAUACCUACCGCGGCGGAUCCCGAGGGUCGAUUCCAGUACCAUGCCGAGAGGCUCACCGCUGCCGCCAUCACACAGACCUACAACUACAUGAUCGAGGGGGACUGGCAAGAACCCGGCACACUCUUGUACCAUCUAGCAGAGCCCGCUUUUGAGGUGGCAGCGCAAUCGUGGGAACACCACGCUUGCACCGCAGUUGGUCAGUACCUGGCAUUCAACCUGCUGGCUCUCGGCCCGCCAGGGAACCCACCCACUGUUCGAUCGCAGGAUGAGCGGCAGCGUGUGAUCUUGGGGCUGAGGCGAUGGCCAGAGGACUUUGAGACGACAUUGCGAUCUGUUCCCCGAGACGAGCGAUACGCUCCGAGCGGCUCAAGCUCCGGCUCGCUGAAGAGGACCGUCCAGAUGUGCAGCCAAGAUGCAGGGGCCGGGACGACGAGUCUUCGUCGGAUGAGUCCUCGCCUCCGAUGCCGGACACCCCGACACCGUCUGCUUCUAGGGCUGGUCAGAAGAGGUCGCCUUGACGCAAAGUGUCCCAACGUUCUCUUGCACCGGCAGGCUAACCUUGCAGCUGCUGAUCAUCUGAUCGACCGUGACGAGUUCCUCCGUCGUCUCGAUGAGGGCGGAUCCCGCGGCGUGCUGUUCAAAAUGAGUCUGAUGGCCGACAGCUACACUUUCGUCGCUAAGGGCACGGUAUCUGCUUUCAUUCGGGACGUGUCGGUCUGCCUGGGCGCGAUAGAUCUUCGCGACAUGGGCAGGAUUUAUUACUACGACCAUCGGGUCUACAUCGAAUACCUGUUGCUUCUCUCCAUGGCAGUCAAACGUUGUCUGCGGGCGAUACAUCGGGCGUGCGUGGUGCAUCAGGAUGUGCGUCGUAACAAUGUGCUACGCAAUACCGACACAGGGGAGCUCAUGCUGAUUGACUUUGAGCGUUCUGUCGUCAAGGCAGGACGGAAGCCGCUGGGCAAUAUCGUGCCUAACAAGCGAUCGUGGAAUGGGCAAAGGAAGGAGACUACGGCGUCAAUGUACAGUCAUGGUCCGGGAGACGCCAAGUACGAAGAAGAUAUACUGUAGGCAGGGGUCGAGUUCCCUGAGAAAGACGUCUUUGCAGUGCCCGCGGCAUGUGCCUACAAGCCACGAAAGACGCAUGUCGCUGCUGGCAUAGCUGCUUCAUUCAAAACUGUACCCACGUCUGGAUGAUACAGGAACAUUCCAUGUUUGAGUCAAAGCAAAGAUGAUGCAUAACGUGGCAUACGGUCCAUCUGCAACACCAAAAGGCGGCGUCCACUGUGGUACUUGAAUGCCUAAAUUGGCUAGGAGCGCCGGUCCUUGCCCAUUAGUGACGUUCAACACUUGUUCUGCCAUUGGGACGUGGGCCGGGUAUGGAACUAGGUGACAACGACGCAGCUGCUCCAAUGCGAUCUGGCAUUUUGCUAGCUCUUGGCCGAUGAGACGAUGCUCUCGGUGUUUGAGCAAGAUUUCGUGGCUAAAUUCCAGCUCAAUGGCUCCC